CUGACAUCUCACGACCUUUGACUUACGGAAUCUCGAACCCAAGUGCUGCGGUGCUCUUGUCGUGAUGCCUGAAAAGACGGAGACGGUGGUCAAGCACAGAGCCUGCGAUGAGUGCAGUCAGGAUCCAUGUUUCUGAUCGGGAGCAGGACCUCGAUUACUGAUCCAAAUUCAGGAACUCGAAAGCUUGCGUGCUCGAAAGACCCAGACGGAUGCGAGCGGUGCAAAAAGGAGAAAAUCGUGUGCCACUACUCGGAACAGAAACCUAUGGGAAGGCCGAGGAAACGUCAGUUCAUUGAAUCAACAACUGACGAUGUUGCCCCCGACCAAGUUGAUCCCCUUGACUUAGGCCCUAUUCCUUUCGGCGACGGUGACUUCGACUCCUAUAUGGACGGCAUGCUAACGGAGCCUUAUUUCACGAAUCCAUUGUCAGCUUUGACACUCCCGCCAGAGUCCACGAUUCCUGGGCCAGUACCAACAGCUGAGAAUGGACACGGUGCUUGGAGCUUUGGACACCAAGAUAUAAUGGGAGUACCGCCGAUCAACUUUGGAAACAUUGAUUUUGGGACCGUAGACCAUACACCUCCUCUCGACCCAGCGCCGCAACUGUCUACGGACUCAAAUGCAACAGUCUCGAGUGAGAGUUCACCGCCCCAGUCUACUGGAGGCCCUGGCUGCAGUUGCUUGGCAUCAAUGUAUUUAUCAUUGGCGUCGAUGCAAGAGUUCCCCAGCGAUAUUGUUAAAGCCCUGAGAACUGUUCGAUCCGCAUGUGCAACAGCAGCUGCGACUAUAUGGUGUCAAAAAUGCGGUACUGUUCUCCUUGACAACCCAACUCCUCCCAUCGAGGCCUUCCAGAAUGUUAUGCUUCUUGGGACUAUCUUACCCAUCAUCGCAAAUGGCUACCAACAGCUUCUCCAAAUGAUAGACGAUGAGACGACUAGGGCAGAAUCGCUUGGGCAAACGAAAACCUUCAGAUUUCACGACUAUGGUGGGCUGUGUGGCCAACAGGUCAUUUCAGAUAAAGUGGAUUGUGCUGAGACCGCCAAGCUCUCCCGUCCUGUUGAGAUGCCUCCCCAACAGUGGCGGACUACCGUGAGAGCUUUAUUGAGAGUGGACAUAUAUGGCCAUGAGCAAACAGGCUUUAAGCAUAAAGGCUUGAAGGACUUGGUUGCUGAGAUGGAAAACCGUCAGAGGACCCGUCAUGAGAUGUUGGACGCUCGUGCCGCUGUUCUAGGCACAGAUUCUGUGGAGAUGGGUCCGUUCGGUUCCGCCAAAGCUGGUGUUGGGGGACACGGCCACACAACAUGUGCUCAAGGAGCACAACCUCAUGCAUGUUUGCAGAUCUUGCAGGUAGCUAAGUCUGCCAUCGAUAACCUCACCAUUGCUUAA